CGUAUAUGCACCAAUCAGCGUUACUGUUGCAAAUUGGUACCUGUUCCAUGUUUUCCCUUUGCGAAGUUGUUGCGUUCAAUCGAAUGAUGAUGUGUGGCUGUUGAAACAGGAAGCAUCAACAAAAUGGUUCCUGUUGAUUAAAUCACAAUUCAUCUAUGAACCCUAGUCUUAGAUGGAACUUCUGGAUGACCUCAGCUUACAUAGAGACUAAAAACAUCAUAAGUUUUGUUUAAAUCACGAACUGACAUCAUGUCGCUCUCCGACAGGGAAUGGGAUGACUUAAAAACACUGUUGGAUAAGACCGUACAAAAAUUUCUUGGGUUCAGUGAGACAGCCCUGGUCACUGCAGCUCUCAACUGUAUAGAUAAGGGUUAUGAUAAACACAAAACUGUUGAUAAGUUACUGGUGAUUCUAGAUGAAGGUCAAGCGAAGCGUUUUGCUGACAAGUUGUUUGGGGUAUGGGAGGACUACAAAGCAUCCAACAGAAAUGCCAGGAAAAAGAGGAAGGAUGACCGCGAUGAAGGAACAGAAACAAAGAGAAAGAGAAGAUUUGUAGAUGAUGGUCCCCCUGCCAUUCCUGGUCCAGGCAAUCCCAGUCCUGGUCAGCUUACUACAGACAAGAUCAAAGAAAUGAUGCAGAAUGCUCAGAAAAUGAUCGAAGAAAGGAAAACUCAGUUAAUGGUGACUGUACCGUCAGCUUCCAAGCCGUCCAUGUCUCAGACCCAGGUGCUAAUGUCUGACGCAAUGGAGAAGGCGAAGCGAGCAGCAGAACUCCAGGCCAUGAUACAGAACAAGAUGUCCAGUCUGUCUGCUUCAGGGGUACAACUUCCCAACCUGAAACAGCUACCUUUACAAAACAAACCUACGCCCCUGAUUUUAGAUGAGGAGGGAAGAACUAUUGAUGCUAUGACUGGGCAGGCAGUCCAACUCCAACAUCAUACACCUACGCUUAAGGCAAAUAUUCGAGCUAAAAGACGAGAACAGUUCAAAGGCCUGAUAGAGAAACCGCCGGAGGAAAUCAGCGAAAGUCGAUUCUUUGAUUCCCGAGUUGAGGCUAAGAGUGCCCAGAGACAAAGACGUUCAUUCAAGUUCCAUGAAAUUGGCAAGUUUGAACAAAUGGCUGGCAGGCUUCGGGCAAAGGCCCAGCUAGACAGAUUACAGAAUGAGAUUGCCUACGCUGCCAAGAAGACUGGGAUUGCAUCAGCAGCAAAAUUAGCAACACUUGCUCCAAAGAAAGAACUACAAGAAGGAGAGGUUCCAGACAUGGAGUGGUGGGAUGCUUAUAUCCUCACUGGCGACAACUACACAGAAAGUGAUCACAUUGAUCGAGAUAAAAUGUUUGGCAUCACAAAUCUUGUGGAACACCCCAUACAGAUGAAACCUCCAGCUGAACCCGAGAAGCCUCCUGAAAUUCAUGUUUACCUUACAAAGAAAGAACGGAAGAAGUUACGUCGGCAAAAUCGACAGGAAGCCCAAAAGGAUGAACAGGAAAAAAUAAGACUUGGUUUGCAACCACCUCCAGAGCCAAAAGUGCGAAUGGCUAAUCUAAUGAGAGUUUUGGGAAAUGAGGCAGUACAAGAUCCCACUAAGAUUGAAGCACAUGUCCGCGCUCAGAUGGAAAAACGGCAAAAACAGCACGAGGAGACAAAUGCAGCAAGAAAGUUAACCACAGAACAGAGAAAGGAAAAGAAAGCUAAAAAGCUGAAGGAAGAUGUUUCUCUAGGUGUUCAUGUUAGUGUGUACAGGAUACGAGAUUUAACGAAUGCCUCUAAAAAGUUCAAGAUAGAGACCAAUGCCAAGCAGCUGUACAUGACAGGGAUUGUGGUGCUAUAUAGAGACUGUAACGCCGUCGUAGUGGAGGGAGGCCCUAAACAACAGAGGAAGUUUAAGAGACUGAUGUUGCACCGUAUUAAAUGGGAGGAGGAUCAUCACAAAGGGAAGAAAAAAGAUGAUGACGACAGUGAUUCUGAGGAGGAGUCGGAUAAGACAAACAAAUGCCACCUUGUGUGGGAGGGAACAACAACAACGAGAGCAUUUAACGAGAUGAAAUUUAAAGUGUGCCCUACAGAACUUUUUGCUCGUGAACAUUUCAAAAAAUGUGGGGUUGAACAGUACUGGGAUUUGGCAUACCGAGGGGCCAUCAUGGAAUCUACAGGCGAUGAUGACUUUUGACAUCUCUCCCUUAUUGUUCUCAAAAUGUCUUAGGAGGUGUCUUUCACAAGAGAAUACCUGAACUUGACAAGAGGUGAUGGCUGUUGACCUCUGAGGGUCAGAUGCAUAAACUCUGAACUCUCCAAUGAAAGCCGUUUCAUGUACUAUUAGUGUGAGGGAUAGUUGAUCUCCAACUUGCACAGCAGGAACAAAAUGUGCUAUCAUCUGGUGAAUUUAACACCUAAAAUCUGUGUCUUGAAAGUGCUUUUAUAAGCUAUGUCCAUUAUGUUUGUCAUUUUCUAUUAAAGCAAACAUAUAAACCUAAUAAGAAUCUUUGGCACUUUCAAUCCGAAAAAGUUACAAUGAUUGCAUUUCAGAGGUCUCCAAAAAUAACUGUAAUCAACAUUCAGCAGUCAGUAAUGGUUGAAGGUUUGGAUGUUUGAAUCAGUAAAUAUCAUGAGGUGUAUGGCAAGGUUGAAAUGAUUGUUAUGUUAAAUACAAUAUUUUGUAUCGUAGAGGGAAUUUGCUAAAUGUAAAGUGUAACUACUAUUACACCAGUGGGGAUAACAGACAACGGCCGCAACUAAUGUCAGGGAUAUCUUGAUUCAGUUAAAACACGCUUUCUACUUGAUCCCAAAAAGAAGAGUUCAUAAGCAUCUUGAAUAAACCAACAUAAUGUUCUAUUAAUAGAGUGGAAUCAAGGGUCGCGGUGGCUGAGUGGUUAAGGUGUCCCGACACUUUAACACUAGCCCUCCACCUCUGGGUUGCAAGUUCGAAACCUACCUGGGGCAGUUGCCAGGUACUGACCGUAGGCUGGUGGUUUUUCUCCGGGUACUCCGGCUUUCCUCUACCUCCAAAACCUGGCAUGUCCUUAAAUGACCCUGGCUGUUAAUAGGAUGUUAAACAAACCAAACCAAAAGUGGAAUUAAUUAUGAUUUAUAUGAAGCAGGAAGAAAAGUUUGAUAAAUCUCACUUCAGUAUCCUUUACCAACACUCGGCUCCUCUGUGUCUGUUGUCCUCUGAUGUGUACAUACAAUGUAAAUGUUAUACACAAAAUCUUGGCGGUCAAGGUAUGUGAAUGGAAUUGGCUCACCAGCCUCAUUGGUCUCCACAGAAGCUUUUUUUUCAGAAUGGCUGUUAAUGUGGUAUAUAAACAUGCGAGAGAGUUGUCAAUCAUUUUUAUUCAUGAGUGAAAGAGUCAUUAAAUUGAAAUAAAAUCAUUCAAAAAUCA